AUGCUCAUCAAGUUUUUGGAAAUAUACAUUUCUGAAACUGGGUGUGAUGAACAAGGGGAUGGUACUGAUAAAAUGCCUUUUAAAAGUGUGCUAAAGGCUAUGCAUUAUGCUGGUAAAGAACCAUUCCCAAAGUUUUAUACAGAUUCAAAACAAGAAGGACAGAAGUGGGAACUUGUGUCUCAAUCACAAAUAAAGAAGGUGAAAAAGAUUUGGGUUCGAGAACAACAUAAAAAUGUUGACAAAGCUGAAAAAGAGAAAGAAGAUGCCGAAAGAAGGGAAAAGAAUUUAGAGGAGGCUAAAAAAAUUAUAAUUACAAUGGAUGACUCUUUAUCAGAACCUAUUCAGGUAAAAAUUCGUGACUGCACGUCUUAUCGAGGCAAGAGAGUAAAAGUGUUUGGCUGGGUACAUAGGUUACGCAGACAAGGGAAAGCAUUGAUGUUCAUCACUUUAAGAGAUGGGUCCGGCUAUUUGCAGUGUGUAUUGAAUGAUUUAUUAUGUCAAACAUAUGAAGCCCUUGUUUUAUCAACAGAAUCUACAAUUUGUGUGUAUGGUGUACUAAAUGCAGUUCCAGAAGGCAAAAGUGCCCCUGGUGGACAUGAAUUGCAGUGUGAUUAUUGGAAACUUGUUGGUGAAGCUCCUUCGGGCGGUAUUGACAAUGUACUUAACGAGGAAUCACAUGUUGAUGUGCAGUUGGACAACAGGCAUUUAAUGUUGAGAGGUGAAAAUCUCUCCAAAAUAAUGUUGAUUAGAUCUCAUUUAAUGCAAUGUUUUCGAGCUCAUUUUUUUGAUAAUCAUUAUGUUGAAAUUUCUCCACCAACUCUUGUGCAAGCCCAAGUUGAAGGCGGCUCCACGCUUUUUAAACUGGACUACUUUGGACAGGAGGCUUAUUUAACACAAUCUUCGCAGCUAUACCUAGAAACAAUUAUUCCAUCUUUAGGUGAUGCAUUUUGUGUAGCAAUGUCUUAUCGAGCUGAACAAUCUAGAACCAGAAGGCAUCUUGCUGAGUAUACUCAUGUAGAAGCUGAAUGUCCUUUUAUCACUUUCAAUGACCUUCUUGAUCGCCUUGAAAAUCUAAUCUGUGAUGUUUCUGAAAGAAUUUUAAAGUCACCUGUAGCUCACUUAGUUUAUGAAUUUAACCCAGAAUUCAAAGCCCCAAAAAAGCCAUUUCGUAGAAUGAACUACGCAGAUGCUAUUGAAUACCUCCGUGCAAACAAUAUAACAAAAGAAGACGGAUCGUUUUAUGAAUUUGGAGAAGAUAUACCAGAAAUGCCUGAAAGAAAAAUGACUGACAAAAUCAAUGAGCCUAUCAUGUUAUGCAGAUUUCCUGCUGAAAUUAAAUCAUUUUACAUGAGCAAGUGUCCUGAAGAUCUUCGCCUUACAGAAUCGGUUGAUGUUUUAAUGCCUGGUGUUGGUGAAAUAGUUGGAGGCUCUAUGAGGAUGUGGAAAUAUGAUGAACUGAUGGAGGGAUACCAAAAGGCUGGAAUCGACCCAAAGAAUUAUUAUUGGUACACGGACCAGCGCAAGUAUGGCAGUUGUCCUCAUGGUGGCUAUGGCCUUGGACUAGAAAGGUUCAUCACUUGGCUUUUGAACAGAUAUCACAUAAGAGAUGCCAUCCUGUAUCCACGUUUUGUAGACAGAUGUACUCCUUAAAUUAUUUUCUUAAUAAAAUAAGGACAUUCCAUACUCGGCAAUAAAUUCGAAAUAUAUUUCAAUAAUUUUACAUUUUAUCUAGUAAGCUAAUGUAAAGUAUACUGAAAAGUUUUAUAACUUACCUCAUUCUAUGUUAUUUAUUUGUCUUCCCAAUAUAUUUUUCAUCUCUUUUUGCAAAAAGGAAAAAAAAAUGUAAACAAACAUUUGCUUGAAAUAUUUUAUUAUCUAAUUAAAAGUUG